UAUAUGGGUCAAGUUGCUGGCAAGGAAGGAAUUUUCUGUGGGAUAGAAUUGGAUCAGCCCGUAGGGAAAAAUGAUGGGACACAUGAGGGUAAAUUUAAAAGAUAAAUUAGAGACAAUAGGAAGUGAAGAGAUUUUUCUCUGACCGAAGGAAAAAUUAAUUAGAGAUAAUGGGAAAUUGAGAGAUUUUUCUCUGACCGAAAGAAUUUUUUAUUUCUCCAAAAUUUUUUUCCCUAAAAUUUUUUUGUUUUCUUUAAAAUCCCAUUCUUAGGAGCCUUUUAUUUUGGUUGUCGCCCAGGCCAUGGUGUCUUCGCUCCCUGUCAUAAAGUGCAAAUGGAAACAAUGAGAAGACAAACAACAGAGAAGGGAGGAAAAGCUUCACUUAUAGCUAAAGCUGAAAGGACACUUUCUCGAUCAGCAAUGCCUUCAUUAAACAUUGACAGAAAUAUUAGUGAAAUUCCGUCAACUUCAACUCAAAUCCCUCAGAUGCCUAUGGAUUGGUCUUUAAUGUCUAUGUCUACUGUUUCUAAUAAUUCUGAUUCGUCUUAUGUGAUUCGAAACCAUAAUAUCGACUUAAUGGCCAAUUCACAAGCAACUUAUACCGUCUUUGAAUCAGACUGCCCAAUGUUGUCAGAUUUGGAAUUGAGUGAAUCAUCUCUACUUAGAUUGGAUGAGGAAGACGAUGAUGAUGAUAGAACGGCAAUUAUUGGGUGGAUAUUGAAUGAAAAUGGUAAAAUUGUGUUUUUGUGUGUUUUUGUGUAUUUUUGUUUUUAUGUGUUUUGUUUCUAUGUAUCUUUGUAUUUUGUGUUUUUAUGUAUUUUUGUGUUUUCAUGUGUUUUUUUUUAUUUUAUGUGUUUUGCGUGUUUAUGUGUUUUUGUGCUUUUUUGUGUUUUCAUGUGUUUUUGUGUAUUUUUGUGUUUUUGUGUGUCUAUGUGUUUAUGCUAUCCUCGAACCUUUCGUCCAGACGAAUCAGUAAUAUUAGAUGGACCUAGCUUAGGAAUGGAUUUGCCAGUAAUUACAAGUCCAGAACCUGAAGAGGAAGAAGAUAUGGCAGAAACGCCAAUGGCUGAAACAAAAAAUUUUACUAGUGGAUUAAUAAAUUUAAAAUCUGAAAAUAGACAAAAUAGAAGUCAUUUGAAAUUAGAAGGGCUAGAACAAGGAAAUAAAGAAGAGAAUAAAUUGCCAAACAAAGUAAUGGCUGAUGGAAAGAUCGUCGUUGACAAUGCUUGUUAUUUGAGAACAACAAAUGUUUCAAACAGCCACAAUAAUAAUGCAAAUCCUCACCGAGAAGAAAAAGCGUCUAGUAAAGAAGAGAAGAAGACAAGGGCAAACUUCUAUAUUCCAAACAAUUCCAAUGGCUACACAAAAUCAUUCAGCAGCAGCCCGAUCCAAACCCAAGCAGCCAUCUAA